AAGUGCCGAAGGUAAGGAGACACGGUCGGCGUUUGGCGGAAAGUGCCGAAGGUAAGGAAAGAGUGGCCGGAAAUUGACGGAAAGCACUGAACGGAAGAGAGGAGUUGAAGGAAUCUUUCUGUGUCAACAUCUAGAAUCCGGAAGUCGCCGACAAUGGGAGCUUGUCUGGGUAUCUGCUCUCUGGCCAGCUGUGCUUCUUGUCUGUGUGGGAGUGCACCAUGUCUACUUUCAGGAUGCUGUCCUUCUACCAAGAACUCUGUGGUGACCCGCCUAAUCUAUGCAUUUUUCUUGCUCCUGGGAACAAUUGUCUCUGUUAUUAUGAUAGUGCCUGGGAUGGAAAUCCAUCUGAGAAAGAUUCCUGGAUUUUGUGAAGGAAGUUCAAGCAUUCCCUUCAUUCAGGGCCGUGUCAACUGUAACAUCAUUGUGGGUUACAAAUCUGUUUAUCGCAUAUGCUUUGGUCUGGCUGCUUUCUUCUUCUUGUUUGCCUUACUGAUGAUUCAAGUGAAAAGCAGUAAAGGUCCAAGAGGUGUUCUACAGAAUGGGUUCUGGUGCUUCAAAUUCCUGGCCUUGGUGGGAAUUACUGUUGGUGCUUUCUUCAUUCCUGAGGGGACAUUUACAACAGUAUGGUUCUACUUUGGUGUGGUUGGAGCUUUCUGCUUUAUUCUCAUCCAACUGAUUCUUCUUAUCGAUUUUGCUCACUCCUGGAGUCAGUCGUGGGUUCAGAACAUGGAAGAUGGCAACAACAGAUGCUGGUUUGCUGCUUUAUUUAUAUGUACGGCCUUCAACUAUCUUGUCUCACUGGCUGCAGUGGUGGUUUUCUAUGUUUUUUACACUAAGCCUGAUGACUGUGCAAUAAAUAAAGCCUUCAUAAGUCUGAAUCUCAUCUUCUGCGUCAUUGUCUCUGUUGUGUCCAUCUUACCAAAGGUUCAGGAAGCUCAACCUCAUUCAGGUUUGCUCCAAGCUUCUGUCAUUACUCUUUAUACCAUGUAUGUGACCUGGUCAGCCAUGACCAAUGAACCAGACAGAAAUUGCAACCCUAGUUUGCUGAGUAUUGUCCAUCAAACUACUAGCAAUUCAACAGUUGCACCACCCUCCAGUCAAGUGGUCCAGUGGUGGGAUGCCCAGAGCAUCGUUGGAUUGGUCAUCUUUCUUAGCUGUGUGCUUUAUUCAAGUAUCCGAUCUUCCAGCAAUACUCAAGUUAACAAGCUGAUGAUGACUGAAGAAGGUGAAGGACCACUGACAGACACCUCUUCUCCCCAUGAAGAGGGUGUUCAUCAAGCCGUGGAUAAUGAGCAGGAUGCAGUCGCUUACAGCUACUCCUUCUUUCACUUCUGCCUUUUCCUGGCAUCUCUGUACAUUAUGAUGACGCUUACUAAUUGGUACAGUCCCAACUCUGAUUACUCAACACUGCAGAGUACCUGGCCGGCUGUUUGGGUGAAGAUCUCUUCAAGUUGGGUUGGACUCCUGUUGUACCUGUGGACGCUGGUUGCUCCUGUCAUACUGCCAGAUCGUGAUUUCACUUAAACACAGAAGAGUACUGGUUGGAACUACUUCCCUUUUGUUGAUUUGUACCUUUGCCUUUCAGCUGAGUUCACUUAGUGUAUUCACUGUAGAUAAACCUCAUGGUAACUUUAUUAUCUUAAUAUUGAACUUUAAAUAAUCCUUGCAGAAUUGAAGUUCCAUGUCAAACUAAGUUAGUCAUUUUUUUCUUGGGCAUUUGCAGUGCAAUUUUUUGUUACCUUUUUGCUGCUUUCAAAUCUCUGUAAUGGGAUUUCUGCACAUUUUAUGGAUAAUUGCUUCCCCUCCCACCACA